ACAUGUUACAGCUUGUGACUAAAAGGCUCAAGUGUGUAAGAUAUUAUUUUAAAAAAGUAGAAGCAGUUUAGACUGAAAUAUUCAGCUACCAGGGUUUAACGUCGCAAAUGAGAUCGUUAGGAAGACCUAAAAUAAUUUUCACAUUCAAAUAAUCGAACCUCCAGUUUUAAAUGAUCUUUUAGUAAGGCACAUCCUCAGUUUCACUCAGUUCCCCUCAGAAAUUAAACGACAAACUACUUACCAAGAAACAGAUGAAAAUACAGUUGUCUAUUUGAUAAAUCCUCAUUUCUUUUCCUUCGACGGUGCAAAGAGGGUAUAUCACUGAAUAUGGACGGUAGUGACACACUUCAGGUCACGCCAAUAAGUCUUGCCGUUACUAUCCGUUACUAUCCAAACACUGCUGCUCCAAGGAACUCAAUGAUAUGAACGUGAGAAUUUCACGAAAGAAGCAUUAAAACCGUUGCACCUUUAACGUUAUAUCUUCUGAAAAAAUCCAGCCCGACUGGGCUGUGAGAUCAACCGCUUUCGUUUUCAAGGGGCUUUCCCCUCAUACCUGUGGACCAAUCAAGAUUUAAGAAAAACAAUGCCCAACGAUCUUGUUGAUAAAAGCCAAUGACGUCUACAGUAAAAAACACUUCGAGGAAAGAAUCAGAGAGAUCAGUUCAACAGAAAGAAAGCAAAAUGGAUACGGACGAUACAGGACAUGAUAAUACGAUGGGAGAUGGAGUUCCAAACGACGCAAGUGGAGUCUCUGAUAGCGGAGACACAAGCUCACAACGAGAACUAUUCGCGGUAGGGGGAGAAACAGAACACCAGCCAUCCCACACACUUGUUGAAGAUGGCAGCAAACCUCAAGAAGCCCCAUCUAUCCUACAGCCAUCACAGUUCCACGACGGGAUCAAUUGGGAGACCUGUAACUGCACCAAGGGCACUGAUGUGGACUAUGUGAAUGGUGUUAAGUGUCCCAUUUGUAGCAAGGUGAUCAAUUUGGUAACUGAGGAAUCCGGCCCAACAACGUUCACUAGUGGAACCGAAUCGGCUCUUUUUCGGACACUUGCAACUGGAAUGGCCGUAGUUCCUCAAACUCCUGAACCUUCUCCAGCUGAUCAAUCAGCAACAAGUUGUGAACCUGUAUAUCAACGCACUCUGCUUGCUUUGGAAGUAGACGGAAGCAAGAUUCCCAUAGAAGGCGACACAGAGACAUCAGUGCAGAUACCAUGUGCACCUUGCCUCCUUACUCUGUUCAUCUUAAAUCAAAAUUAUGCAGAAACAAAUGAACAGCAGAUUUCAAUACAUUUUACAGAAAAUCUGGAGCAGACGAGAAUACCAUUGUGGAUCAAACAAAUGGAAAACCAGGGAAUUAAGCUUGUUUCAUUUGGCGAUGAACAUUCAUCACAGCAACAAAAUAAAUACUUUCACAGUCUAUGCCUUAAAGAUGGCAUAACUGUGAAAUUUGAGUUGGUGAAACAAAUAGACCCAAAGUUCAGAAUAAGAAAUGAACAAGCUACACAUGAAAUCCCCUUGCAUCGGAUUAAAUCACUGUGCCACCACAGAAUUCCUGGGGCCACACUCCAGGUGAGAAUAGAACCGCUGUGUGAGCCAGGAGAAGUUUCUCAAGACCAUUUAAGAAUGACCAUGGAAUAUGGACAGACCAUUCACAAGAUGUUAAUACCAAUCUGGUCUUCAGGGCAGUCUUAAAGACACAUACAAUGACAUUUAGAUUUUGGUGUUAUUUGAAGUACACUCACUGGAAGGAUCUGGAUGGUAGAUGCAGCAAAAAGUAAUUUAAUUGACUACAGUCAUAUAACGGGUAAAUAUUUGUCACAGAUACUACACGUAGAAUCUUAAGAGUCAAUGCAAUAUGACAUCUAGCUACUUCUAUAUGCAUACCAAAGCAUCAAUCCAUUGUCCUCCAAAAACUCCCACUUUGCCCUCACAUCUUAAUUUCUGCAACGUAGUUAUUGUAGUUUGAUUAUAAAAUUAUUAUCAGAAAUUUGUCCAACACAGAAGGCAAAUGACCUGCUCAGAGAUGGGUAAAAUACACAUUAGAUAAUAUUCAAGGCAAAUACUCCAAAUGCCUUGUGUAGUUCCUACUUAGUUACUUUAUUGGUGUGCCAACAAAAAGUUGACAAGUAUAAUAUCACAUUUUCUAUUUUAUUAAUUCUGUUAGUUUAGAAUUUUUCAUGAAACAUAUAAUUUUGUUUUUAUAUAUGUCUGGAGUUAUGAAAAGGCUGUUAAUGAAAUUGCACCCUAGUGUACAGUAGACAGUCAUAUUUUCCUACACUUUCAUCUUCCUUUUCAUGUUCUUCCCUAUUCCUUUUGUUAAUUGCUUGGAGUGAUUUUUAGGCCAUUAGGAGUGGUGAAAGCAAAUUUUCUGCAAAGAAAUGCACUUUUCAUCAACAUUCUUUCCAUGAAUCCAGCCAUAUAUAAUACUGGUCUUGUCCACUUUUGUUUUGCUACUGCUAGAUGUCCACUUUUUAUUUGCUACUGCUACAUGUAGAUGUGCUGUUAGAGCAAAACUAUAUUAAGAUGUAAAAUAUUUCUAUUACAAUCAUAAAACAGAAAAGAAAAACUACAAAAAAAGGUAGAUAGAUUUUGAUUAGUAAUAAUCCUUUACGUAACUUGCACAUUGCCAUUAUAAUAACUAUAAUACCUUGCUUGCUUACCGCUUGUUGUAUAAGUAGUCUAAGUAGUAACAGGUUCCAGUAUGUCAACAAACAUCUUACAAUUUGGUGCAGGGCUCCUGCAAUUUACAGUGGUGUACACAUGAUGUAAUACUUAACAUGUUGACAUAUUAUUUUUUGAUAGAAUUGAAAUUGGUCAUUUGGAUAUUGCUGUAACUUAAAGGCACAAUGUACCCUAGGCCUACCCACAAAUCAAGUUUUGAAAACUCACAUUUUUAUGCUAAAAUUAGGAAGCAAAGUAUACACCAGAUUAAUCUAAAUAAGAUGAACAAGAAAUAAACCUUAAGCCCUAAAAUGAGGCUAUAUAGGACAAAAGAGCUCACAUUGCUCAACAUAAUAUGAGUUACAAGAGAACUGACAAAUGUUGCUAACAAGGAAGUAUCAGUUGGACUUUAAGUUAAAAGUCAAUUGAAAAUAAUCUCUUAAGUACCUUUUUCAGAAUUCCACAACUUUGGUUUUUCAGGCAGAUGCUGAACAUUGUUAAAAGUUUACUAAUAAUGGGAUUAGUAAUUACUUACAACAAUUGUAAGGUUGUUAAGAUUAUUAAGCAAUUAUUGCUAGCCCUUCAUUGCUUCGAUGGGUAUGUUGUGAAGUGCUUGAAAAAGGGCUUCCAUGUACCAGCCAUGGCUUGUUGGUUUUAACAUGUUUAUCAAUGUGGAAUUCUUAAUAAGGUCCUGAAAAUGGCAUGUAAUGGUUUAGAGCCCUUGUGCUUUGAUGUAUUAAAUACUUCCACAGCCAUUUAUAUCAGUUGGUGGCUACAAAGGAAUGUCAAUUCACUGGCAAACAAGGUUACCAUAGCAACAAUAUUAACUGUUAAAACACCAUUUAUUUUAGCUUUAGGUGUUAACUCAAAAUGAGCUUGGUGAUUCCUGUUAGGUUACUUAAAAUUAUUCUGUUAAGUUAUUCAAGCUUUCUGCAGAGGUUUAAAAAAAGUUCUGCAGAAGGGGUAUCAAUGUGACAGCACUUUAAAUUUACAUUUUAAGGUGCCUUUGAAACUAUGAGUAGAAUUAAAUUGAACAUUCCAAAUAUGAUGUGAUGAUAGAAAUAAGGGUUUACCAGCUUAUCUUUGUUUUAAGCACUUAAAGCAAAAAUAAAUGGUGUUUCAGACAGCUUGGACUAUUGCUAUGGUAACACUUCAUUUCCAAAACUCAAGAAAAUUUCAAUUAGUUUAUAGUUUCUGUAAAUUAGUAUCAACUGAUAAAGGUUGGUUGUAUCAGUCCAUUAAAAUGCAAAGGCUGUUAACCAUUAAAUGCCACCCAGUCUGGCACACUCAGCACAUGUUGCUUUAACCUGAAGCACAAAAAAAGACAAAAGUGUGGCUUGUGAAAAAUCACUUGUGACAAACUUUGUCUCAGUGCAUGUGUAUGCCAGAUUUAAUGCUGUCAGGGUAUUAACUGAUAACUGAUAUGUACAACUACAUAUCAAAUGCCGAAGAGAAAUAUCAGCAAAGGUAUUUGUGAGUCAAAUGCAAUUAUUGUUAUUACAUUUGUCUUUGUACACUGACAGCUGUACAAAUAUAUGACAUUACAACCUGAUAAAUAUGAAUAUAGCAAUGCUUGUAGAUAAAAGGUAUCAGUGUUUUGAGGGCAUGAAAGGCAUGCAGUCUCAAACCUCGUGUAUUCAAAGCAAACUGCACAGGGAAUGUCAUGUAUUUGUGUAAUAAGUAUGUUGUGGUUCAAUUUGACCCUUGGCACAAUUUGGUAUUUUUCUUUGCUUUAUAUUCAUCAUAAUGUAUUACCAUACACCAGAACAAAGGAAAAUGCUGAAUUAUAGCAAGGGCAAGAUUGCACCACAACCUGUACAUAGUAUUAGUGAACAUUUCAUUUAUAGGUUAGAAACUAUGAUCAUGUAAAAUUUGCUGAUCGUGGAGGGUUCCAAUGUAUGUUUGUGCUGAUUUGUAGUACAAUUCCUUUUGUUGCAACCAAAACCAGUGAUUACUUAUUCCACAAUCACAACUUUUUUUCUAGUUGCAAAUCAACACAAAUGCAAGAUUUGGGCAUGUUACUAAGUAUUUAAAAUAAUUUCACUUGUUAUACACUUGCCAACCACAAUUAAAGUAACAUAGCACUUAGGCAUUUUGACAAACUUCAUAAAGCAUAGAAGUGCUUGUAUUGUUUAAAAUAAUGUUUUUAUGUUGGUAUAUUUAGUUAGCCAAGUCUGAAUAUUAAUAGUGAACGGUGUACGUUUGUGGAAAACAAUUUCAGUAAUGUUAAUAUAGUUUUCCUUCAUUUUAGUAAUUUUCACUGGUCACUUUUGAAUUUCUUUCAAUUGGCAAAGGAACUUACUUUUACCCUUUUGGCAAUAAAAAUAAACACUUCUAUAUCUUUUUCAUUGUGCUUUUGCUUUACACAAGCAACAAUAGAUAACUAGCAUAUCACAUGUUAGUAGUUGGUUCUGCCAUUACUUACUAUGCAAGGUAAUUGUACAGUGAUUAUAAAACAGUCAUCCCUUCAUCUCAAUUUCAGACUUGGAUACUGCACAUAUUGCAUGUUCUGUAAAUACUGUGUAUAGUGUCAGCUAUAAACACACACUGACUGUAUGCAAAAAAGAUCACACAGGCAUUGGAAAACCUCUGGUAAAGAAAGUUAUUAAGUAAACAUUAAAGCAUCAAUGUCCUUUAUGGUCACUCUUGAUUUCUCAGACCAAAAAAACUAGUAAUAAAAAGAUAAUGCCAGAUGUUCUCUAACAAUAGGUUGUCAUCUCUUCCAUUUCAUUAUAUUAGGUAUUUAAUCACAAAAAUGUUUUCAUGAGUAAUCCAGACAUUAAAUUCUAAAUGUUUCUACAUGUAUGUUAAUAGGGACCUGAAUACUCAAGGCCAUGGUAGUUUAAAUCUUUACUACUUAUUUCCUCUCAAGUCUUUAAAGCUUAUUCAGUGUGUGAUCUGCAUGUGUCAUUAGGAGGAAAAACAAAUAACAGGCUAACACAGAGCAUUUGGAAACUGACAAAACCUAAGACUCUCUUUUUCAAUGACAAGUGAAUCACCAAUGAAUGUUUGAUACCAGUUUAAGUUUGCACAGUUCUGUACUUUUAAUUUCUAGGAAUUUUUUUCCUUUCCUUGAAACCAUUUUAUAAACCGUAUGUGAAUAAAGCAUAAUUUUUGGAAUAAGACCUCUAGGUAAGGCUAGAACAGUGGCACGAACUGCCUUUGAAACAACCAAAUACAAUGUAGUCAAGGGUUAAGCCUUUUUGCUGUUUUUCCUCAAGUUCAUAUUUUACAUGCUUGUUUACUAUUGUGCAAAGACAUUUGCAAAGACCCUGCAACAUAAACAUGUCAAAUUUACAGUUGUGGGCACAGGUGUGGGGUCACUGAUCAUGACACUACGUCCCAUAGCAGUCAUCCAAAGAUGGUCCUGCAAAGGUCUGUAAAGAGUCACUUACAAAAAAAAUAUCAAAUGGACUAAUUUUGAUUUUGAAAUUGUACCGUGCUGCUGGAGCUUAGGGGAAUAAAACAAAUGGAAUCACAGCAAGGUUGAGGAAUAAACCAAUAA